AUGUCCGUUGUCAAGCCCGAGCUUGGACUUCCGGCCGGCCUCCUGUGUGCCGGUUUCGGGAUGGCCAGCGGCAGUGACCUUUCUCUGUGCUUACGUCCCAGGCUUCUGCCUUUGGCCUCUUCCGUCGCUGCCUGCCGCCCGAUGCGUGCCUCUCUGCGUAUCCUCUCUGCCCUGUGCGUCGCCAACGGACUCGCCUCGCCUCUGCUCCGCGGCGCGUCCGCGCGCGCAAAGGGCGAGCCCGGCGUCGACAAGCCUCACGGGCUGCUCGCUGCGGCCACCUUCUCGUGGCUAGACCCGAUGCUGCACCUCGGUGCGACGCGGCCGCUGCAGCUGCCCGACCUCCCGCCGCUCGAGGCGCCGGGCCUGCCCACUCGCGCCGCCGCCGACAGUUUUGAAGAGCAGUGGGCGCGCCUGUCGGCGUCGUCCACGCCGACGGCGCUCAACGUCUCGGAGGUCGCCGUCGCGCUCUGGCGGUGCCACGGCGGUCGGUUCGCGUGGGCGGGCGGGCUCAAGCUGUGCUGCGACCUCUGCCAGAUCGCCUCGCCGCUCCUCCUCAAGCGGACCAUCGCCUUGCUCGAGUCUGGCGCAGGGCUGAGGCGCGGCGAGAUCACCAACCUGAUGGGCUCGGACGCGCAACGCAUCGCCGACCUCACGCCGUACCUGCACGCGCUCUGGUUCGCGCCGCUGCAGGCGACCGCCGCGAUGGCGCUCGAGCUGCGGCUGGCCGUGAUUGGAGCAAUGUUGCGGCUGAACAAGUCCAUCGCCGCGGCCACGUACCGAGUGCAGAAGCAGCUGCAGCUGGCGCGCGACGAGCGCGCGCGGCUGACCCGCGAGCUGCUCGGCGGCAUCAAGGCAGCGAUCAAGCUCAACGCGUGGGAGGCGCCGUUCGGCGGGCGGAUCGAGCGAGCGCGAGACGCGGAGCUCGGGCUGAUGCGGCGGCUGGUGAAGCUGCGCUCCCUCCUCUCGGCCCUGUUCACGUGCACGCCGACGCUCGUCGCCGUCGUCAUGCUCGCCGCCUCCACCUACGCGUACCGCACGCCGCUCACUCUCAAGACUGCGAUGACAGUGCUAGCGACGGUCAACCUGCUCCGCUCGCCGCUGGUCUUCCUCCCGCUCGUGCUGCAGUCGCUGCAAGAGGCUUCCCUCUCCUUUGGCCGCAUGGCAUCUUUCCUGCGGCUGCCCGAGUCCACCCCUCUUCCCGGCAACGAUUUGGCCGAAGUCGGAGUCGCCUUCCACGCCGCGACGCUGCACCUCUCGGCAACGGGCGGCCAGCUGGUUGGCGUCGCGGGCGCGGUGGGGAGCGGCAAGUCGAGCCUGCUGGCCGCGCUGCUUGGGGACAUGCCGUGCUCCCGUGGGUCUGUCCAGCUGCGCGGCGGCAUCGCCUACGCCGCGCAGACGCCGUUCCUGCUCUCUGCGACGGUGCGCGACAACAUCCUCUUUGGCAAGCCGUACGACGCCGACAGGUUUGCACGGGUGGUCAAGGCGUGCCAGCUGCUGCCCGACCUGGACAGCCUCCCGUUUGGAGAGCUGACGCUGCUCGGCGACAAGGGCGUUGCCCUCUCCGGAGGCCAGAGAGCGAGGGUGACGCUCGCGCGAGCGGUCUACUCGGACGCGCAGGUGGUCCUGCUCGACGACCCGCUGGCCGCGUGCGACCCGACCGUGGCACAGCGGCUGAUGCAGCGAGUCAUCGGCCCACGCGGGCUGCUCAAAGACAAGCUGCGCGUGUUCGUCUCGUCGUCGCUCGAGCCGCUUGCCGAGGCCGACGCGAUCCACGCCGCGGGAGGCGAGUUUGCGCGCCAGCUUGCUCUCAGCCGCGAGCAGAGGUCAGGCAUGCAGGCGGCGGAGGAGGGCGGCGAGGGCGCGGCGGCCGUCGAGGCGGCGGCGCACGAGGCGGCACACGAGGCGGAGGCGCCCCCCUCGCCUCCGCACGUCCUUUCGUCUCAGUAA